AUGGCUGCGCUGACGGAAAAGUUGCCAGCCGUGGCUGAUGGCCCGGCUGAUAUCACCGAGGAACCUCGGGAGUCCUCUCGUGAAGGCCCGUGGAUUCGCCUGAUGACCGCCCUCCGAUGGUAUUCGCGCGACACGCCAAGCGAGGAGAAGAACCUCGUCCUGCGGCUGGAUUUGUUGAUCCUGAUUUUUGGCUGUCUUUGCUUCUUCACCAAGUAUCUUGACCAGUCAUCUCUAACCAAUGCCUACGUUAGCGGCAUGAAAGAGGACCUCAACCUCGUCGGCAACGAGCUCAACUACAUGACCAUUGUCUUCUGGUCCUCGUACUGCACCUCCAUGAUCCCGGCGUGCUACUAUCUGACCCGUUACCCCAUCAACAUCGUCCUGCCAGUCCUGGAAAUCGGCUGGGGCCUGUCGACGUUCGGUCUUGCCUGGGCUCAGAGCGUGCAGACAAUUUACGCCAUGCGCUUCUUCACAGGCCUGUUCGAGAGCUCAUCAUUCACCGGAAUAAUCUACGUAAUCGGAAGCUGGUACAAACCUUCAGAGAUCGGCCGCAGAGUCGCCCUGUUCUACAUCGCGGCGCCGCUAGGAACCAUGUUCGCGGGCUACCUCCAAGCGGCCGCCUACACGAACCUGCACCACGUCCACGGCCUCGCCGGCUGGCGCUGGCUCUUCAUCGUCGACGCCGUCAUCACCAUCCCCAUCGCUCUGAUCGGCUUCUUCGUCUUCCCCGACGUGCCCUCCCGCUCGCGGCCGAAGCUGCUGCCCGCACGCCAGUACGCCCUCGCACAGAAGCGUCUCGAGGGCCUCACGGCGCCGCCUCAACUAAAAGUCUCACGCGACAUCUUCAAAAGGGUCUUCACCCGCUGGCACUGGUACCUCUUCGUCGCGCAGUGGACCAUCAUGAAUGAGAACCUCCAGCCCAGCGGGUCCCCCUUCUCGCUCUACCUCAAGGCCUUCCCCGAGACGUACUCCGUCACGCGCAUCAACACGCUGCCGACGGUCGCGACGGCCAUCUCCAUCGUCUGCGCCUUCGCCGCGGGUGCGCUCGCCGACCGCACGGGCUGGUAUGCAGGGCUGUCCAUCGCCGCGACGGUGCCGUCGUUGAUUGGCGUGGUGUUGCUGGUGGCGUGGAACGUCGGCGAGGGCGGGCGGCUGGCGGCCUUUAUGCUGAACGGCUUCGAGGGCGCUAUUCCCUCGCUGACGAUGGCGUGGGCGACGGUGACGAUGGCAGGUGACGCGGAGGAGAGGGCCAUCGUCACGGCGUCGAUGAACGCAAUCGGGCAGGCCAUUGUCGCCUGGGCGCAGCUGCUGCAAUUUCCUGCCGUCGAGGCGCCGUACUUCCGCCGCGGGUUCAGGAGCGUCGUGGGCACGAUGGUUGUUCAGUUCUUUCUGACUGGGGCGAUCUGGUUCUUGGUCAGGAGGGACCGCGGUCGGGUGGAAAGGGGAAGGGGUGAGGAAGACAUCAGGAGGGAGGAAGAAGAUGGUGUAAAAGGCAAGAGAAGUGUUUGA